CGUAGAAUAGCAUCAUCAUUUUGCAAGGUUAUCAAAAUACGAAUCAAUAAAUACGAAAACAAUUCUAUGCUUCCAAUCAGUUGAGAGUAUAGAUUUACAAGAUUAAAAUUGUUAUCCAAGUUAUCUAUUACCACUUCUGAUAAUAUAUGUUAUUCACAUUAUAAUUUAAUACACAGACGUUUAUGUACUAUAGUGAAGUGGGAACUGACAUCAGCCAGUAAUAAUAACAGUCUCAACAUUUACAUCUUAUUGAGCGAAUAUAAUUAUGUGGUUAUACCUGUUGUUAUUUUUUUGCGCUAUUCUAGCGUACUACGUAGUAAAACAACAUUCACAUUGGAAGAGUAAAAAUGUCACCCAAGGACCAAUCGUGCCCAUCUUCGGAGAUAGUCUACAGGUCAUCUUCAGAAAAGAAUCUGCUUAUGAUAUGACUUUAAGAAUUUAUAACAGAUUCCCCAACGAAAGAUAUACCGGCAUCUAUCAAAUGAGCAAUCCUAUUUUAGUUAUACGUGAUCCAGAACUAUUGAAGACAGUUACUGUGAAGGAUUUUGACCACUUCACAGAUCACAGGCACUUCCUGCCAGAAGACAUAGAUCCUCUGUGGAGCAAGAAUUUAUUCUCAUUAAAUGGUGAUAAAUGGAGAGAAAUGAGAGCUACUAUGAGCCCAGCAUUUACCAGCAGCAAGAUGCGCGCGAUGUUUUGCCUCAUAAACGAAUGCGCUGAGGGACUUGCUGAUUAUUUUCAAGAAGAGAACAAAAAGGGUCAAGUUGUACGCGAAAUGAAGGACGUCUUCACCCGUUAUGCCAAUGAUGUAAUAGCAACUUGUGCUUUCGGAAUCAAAUGUGAUUCGAUGAAAGAACCUGAAAACGAGUUCUACAUAAUGGGCAGAAAAGCUACCGACUUCAGUAACCUAUGGACAAAUUUAAAGUUUAUGCUUUUCAGUGUCAUGCCAAUGAUUUCAAAUUUUGUGGAGGUUAAAAUGUUUAGCAAGGAAACGUCCAAUUUCUUCAUGUCCGUGAUCACUAAUAACUUAAGAAUGCGCGAGGAACAGAACAUCGUGCGACCAGAUAUGAUUAAUUUGCUUAUGGAAGCUCGCAAAGGAAAGCUGAAGCAUGAGGGUGAAACGCAGGAACAGGACGCCGGGUUCGCAACAGUCCAAGAAUCAGAGAUUGGUAUGAAGGAGAUGAAAACGAAAAGGGAGAUUACAGAUGUUGACAUUACCGCUCAGGCGUUAAUCUUCUUCCUUGCCGGUUUCGAAACCGUCUCCACGUUGAUGACCUUCAUGAGCUACGAGUUAGCAAUAAAUCCGGAUAUCCAGAAGAGGCUACAAGAAGAAAUUGACGAGACGCGCGAAAAAUGCAAUGGCAGGCUUACCUACGAAAUUUUGGCUACGAUGAAAUAUAUGGAUAUGGUUAUUUCCGAGACGCUUAGGAAGUGGCCGCCAGUUGUUACUCUUGAACGAUCUUGCGUUAAGCCAUAUACUAUUCCUGCAACUAGACCCAAUGAAUCUGCCGUCCACCUGAAGGUAAACGAUAUCAUUUGGUUACCAUCUGUGGCUAUUCAAAGAGAUCCAAAGUACUACCCUGAACCAGACAAAUUUGACCCGGAACGCUUCAACGAUGAGAACAAACAUCAAAUAAAACCAUUCGUAUACAAUCCCUUUGGUUACGGCCCACGAAACUGCAUAGGAUCCAGGUUUGCUCUUAUGGAAACCAAAACAGUUUUCUUCCAUCUUCUUUCAAAGUGUGACCUUGUAAUAGUAGAAGAAACGAUAGUACCGCUAAAGAUCAACAAAAAAAUAUUUAGUUUAGGCGCUGAGGACGGCGUUACUUUGGGUUUCAAACCGAGGCAAAGAAACAAUUAAACAAUUAUAUUUGUCUUUCGUUUAUUAUAAUAUCAAAUAAACAUGUAAUUGCAUUA